AUGGCGGACGACGAAGACUACUUCGCCGCUAGCCGAAAGGCCCACGACAAAUACCUUGCAGACAUUGAGCAACGAUUUUGCGACGUGAGCGACGCAUUCUUAGCGGACAUCAAAGCGGAAGGUGCAAAAAGCGUUCAAGCGGCGAAAGAUUUCGAUCAACGGUGCACGUAUCAAAACAAGGAUUUGACCGACAUCCACAAGCGACUAGCACAACGGCGAGUGCGAAGCCUUCUCGCGGAGAGUCAAGAUACAUCUCGGCAGCCUACCUCAAGUUCCAUGCGAGGUGACUACAAACAGGCGCGGUUUCUCAGCGAAACACCCUUGCGAGAGGUUGAGAAGUAA